CGAGCUCCACCAAUCUCAUUUACAGAGAUUCAGUGAUUUCCAGAAGCUCAGAUCUGAACUCUGACCCCUCGAUUACUCGUAUUUCAAGCUCCGAUGGCGGUGAAUAGUCUACUUUGUUUCUGAACUUUAAUCGGCAUUGGAUCAUGUCAUUGCGGAAGCCAGGCAACACGGAGUUCGGCUGCUACUUAGCUUAGUUAAUAACUUGCAGGCAUAUGGUGGGAAGACUCAAUAUGUCAAGUGGGCAUGGGAAGAAGGUAAAUUAUGCUCUUGGGGCUCUGUAUUAUCUGUGUAAUGGUUCUAACAAGGAAGAGAUAUUGAAGCCAGAGGUGGUGGAUGUCAUCAGAAGGGGCAAUUUGGGUAUGGUCUCGCAUUGUUCAACAACAACCCAACGUCUAGCCCAAUCAAAUGUUUUAUUGAAUAAUUUCGGAGAUUGUUGUUCGCUAAAUGAAUUACCUGCAGAACCUUCAGAAAUCAUGGGGAGUAGUGGCACACCAAACGAGCAACAACUGCCUGGAGCGCUUAUGCAAAAAUGGUUAACUGAAUUCUUUCUUCAAGAAGCAUAG